UGCCCCCACCGCCCCCCGCCCCAUGGGGGCUCUUUGUAAAAAGUUCCAUUAAAAAACAACGAGGAAGCGGGAAUGGAAAAUGCGACCACGCCUCCUGGGCCGGGCUACGUCCCCAGACGUGAGGACGCAGGCGGACGCCGAGGGCGUGUCCCGCGCGCGGCGGCGGCGUUACGCAUCGCCCCGGCGCAAGAUGGCGGAACUGGACUUGCUGGGGUCCAUCCUCAACUCCAUGGAGCGGCCGCCCGCCGCGGCCGACGGCGAGACGCGGCGCCGGGCGCGGGAACAAGCCGCUCGCAUGAAGAAGCUGCAGGAGCAGGAGAAGCGCCAGAAGGUCGAGUUCAGGAAGAGGAUGGAGCAGGAGGUGUCCCAGUUCAUCCAGGCCACGGGGGAGCCCCGGCGCCGCUUCCAGCCCAUGAACAAGAUCGAGAGGAGCAUCCUGCACGACGUGGCCGAGGUGGCCGGGCUGACAUCGUUCUCCUUCGGGGACGACGAGGACAGCCGCUACGUGAUGGUGUUCAAGAAGGAGUUUGCGCCGUCGGACGAGGAGCUGGAGGCGUACCGGCGGGGGGAGGAGUGGGACCCGGCCCGGGCCGAGGAACGGCGCCGCCUCCGGGAGCUGGCGGCACAGCAAGAGGAGGCGGAGCUUGAGUCUGGCCCUGCCCUCCCGGGCCCCCCCAACGAUUACAAGGACAAAUACCGGCACCUGAUUGGCUGCGAGGCUGCCAAGGCCGCCGCCCGCACCAUGGAGGCCAACAAGGCCUAUGGCUGUGUGCCCGUGGCCAACAAGAGGGACACACGCUCCAUCGAGGAGGCCAUGAACGAGAUCCGGGCCAAGAAGCGCCUGCGGCAGGCGGAGGACGAGGGGGGGGCCGGGGGGGGCCCGGGGGGACCCUGUGUGUGA